GCUGAAAGGGCAAGUGAGCAGCACCCGCUUCCAUAGCCAUGGACUCCAGCUGCAGAACACCACCAAGCAACUCUUGGGUUUAUCCCACUGUGAUACUCUGCUUCUUUGGGUUUUUCUCCAUGUUCAGGCCUUCAGAGUCAUUCUUAAUCCCAUUUUUGUCUGAACCCAGUAAGAAUCUCACCAGCACAGAGAUGACAAAUGAGAUCCUUCCUGUUUGGACGUACUCUUACCUGGCAACGCUGCCGCCUGUGUUUGUCCUCACCGACUACCUGCGAUACAAACCCGUCAUCAUGUUACACGUUGUGGCCUUCGCCGUCAGCUACCUGUUUCUCUUGUUUGGCCAAGGUGUGAUGCUCAUGCAGACAGCCGAGUUCUUUUUUGGGAUUGUGUCAGCCACAGAGAUAGCCUACUUUGCCUAUAUAUACAGCAUGGUCAGCCCAGAGCACUAUCAGAAAGUAAGCAGCUACUGUCGGAGUAUCACACUGGUGGCCUACACAGCAGGCUCGGUGCUAGCCCAGCUCCUGGUGUCCCUGAUAAACCUACCAUACUCUACCCUUUUUUUCAUAUCCUUGGCCUGUGUCUCUGUGGCUUUCUUUUUCUCACUUUUUCUACCAAUGCCUAAGAAAAGCAUGUUUUUCCAUACAAAGUCUGACAGAGAGGCUUGUCCAAAACCACGGGAACCAUGUACUGUCCUCCAGGAAAACCAGAACAACAGAAGUCACCCAGAACUGUUUGCCAAGCCAGAGAAUCUAGGGGACAGAGAGAUGAGCAACCUGGAGCCAGAAAAUUCAGCUUUGAGACACUUUGUGUAUUGGUUUCGGGAUCUGAAGGAGUGCUACUCCUCAAAGCACCUUGUUUACUGGUCCCUGUGGUGGGCUUUUGCCACAGCAGGUUAUAACCAAAUCUUGAACUAUGUUCAAGUCCUAUGGGAACACAAGGCACCCUCCCAAGAUUCCUCUAUCUAUAAUGGAGCAGUAGAGGCCAUAGCAACAUUCGGAGGAGCUUUGGCUUCGUUCUCAGUGGGCUAUAUAAAGGUCAACUGGGAUCUUCUAGGAGAGUUGGGACUGGCUGUCUUCUCAGCUGUCAUCGCAGGAUCUCUGUUUCUCAUGAAUUACACACUCAGCAUCUGGGUGUGCUAUGCUGGCUAUCUACUGGUCAAGUCUAGCUAUUCGUUUCUUAUAACCAUCGCAGUCUUUCAGAUUGCAGUUAACCUGAGCUUAGAACGUUACGCCCUGGUGUUCGGCAUAGACACCUUUAUUGCCUUGGUGAUUCAGACCAUCAUGACUAUGAUUGUAGUAGAUCAAAGAGGGCUCCAAUUGCCAGUCACUACUCAGUUUUUAGUUUAUGGGAGUUACUUUGCUGUCAUUUCGGGGGUCUUCCUGAUGAGAAGCAUAUAUAUUCUCUAUUCAGCUAAGUGCCAAAAGGAAGUACAGAAUCUUGCUACCACCCAGAGCCCCGAUGAGCCACACCUACAAGAGCCAAGAGAUGUGUUAACAAAGUUCUAACCCAAUUACAUGGACUCCAGUUACAAAAGGGUAGGAUUUCAAGAUGGGCAGCCAGAAGUGCUUUGCCACACACAGGCACCCUCUAUCAGUACAGAUUCCAAAACCAUGACCAAAUUUCAGCCUCAGGCUAACUGCCCAACUAACUGCAAGCACUCCAUAUAUGGCCAUGACAGCUGUAUUAGUUACUUUCUUGAUGUUAUGACAAAAUCUCUAACAAGAAGCAACUCAAGGGAGGAACUUAAUGUCUCAGUUCACAGUUUGGAGGGAUACAUUCCAUUACAAGAG